AUGUUCUUCUCUACAUAUGUCUUGACGAAGCGAGGGCCGCUUGCGAAGAUCUGGCUUGCAGCUCACUGGGAUCGUCGUCUGACACGUAAUGAGGUGCGUGUUGUUGACCUUCGACAAUCCGUUGUGGACAUUGUGCAGCCGGCGGUGCCUAUUGCGUUGCGUACCAGCGGUGAACUUCUUGUUGGUGUGGUGCGUAUCUACGCGCUGAAGGUGAAACACCUGUUGAAGGACGCCACAGACGCGACCCUCAUCCUGCGCGUUGCACCACUUCCGGCGAAGUCUGUGUCUUCGCCGUCCGUUGCCAAUAAGAAUAACAACAAUGAACCAGAUGGAACGGGCGCCAUGGCAAUGUUGGAUGGGGUGUUGAUCAGCGGCAAUGGUGACAUUGAGGCGGUGACAUUUGAUUGGAGUGGCAGCGCUGCAGCUGAGGCGGUGGCGACGGGGAAAAGUGACGCGGAGGCACUUGAAGCUCGGUUUGACGACAUUGCAGACUUGCUGCAUGGUUCAAAGCAACCGAAGAGCACACCAGGCAUCAGCAGCAGUGGAAGCAACAAUAAUAAUAAUAACGAUGCCUCUGCGUUCCUGGCUUCCGCAUGGUACGCGUUGGAACCUACUUCGCAAGCGGUGGAGGAGCUCCACAGCACACAGCAGGACUAUGACGAGAUUGCGAAGUUACGUGCGGAUUUGGUCGCAUUUGGAGAUCGUGUGAGUGGAAGCAGCAGCAGCAAAAAGUCAAGUAACCCGAGUAUUGAAAAGGCACGUGCCAGUGGUGUGGCGGGCGUGGCAUCGGCGGUGGCAGGACUUGGGGGCGACUUUUCGGGGUUUCCCAUACCUGGGGAGGAACUUGACAUUGGUGUUCCACUGCCGGAGGACCAUGCACUGUUGCCGGAUUUCCUGAUGCCAGCAGAAGGAAUUGCGGAUCCUUUUGCAAUUGCGGAAUUGUUACAACAAAAGCAGCAGCAGCAGCAGCAGCAGACAACGGCGCGUAAGACGCGUUCUGUGAAUAUACUUGACCUCGCCGCCACAACCGUGUCAGGGGAGACGGUGCAACGGUGGAUGGAUGAUCGCAGUGACAUUGUCGAUGCGGUACCCCGACGUGGACCGUAUGACGUGCAGGAGGCACGCGACCGCGCCACAAUUUUACCGGAGUCCAGCAAAAGCGAUCUGUGGGCUUUUGUGGAUGCGGCACCGCUUUCGUGGCAGCCGAAUCCGUCCCUUUGCGCAAUGUACACAACGUUACUGAAACCGUUUAUUGAACAAGCUGAGGCCUCUGCCAUGCCACCGCUGCAACAACAAAAACAUCAGCAACAGCAGCAGCUGCAACAACAACAAGAUGAAAACCUUCCGGCAGGCAGAAUGGGAGAGGAAGAGGAAAUGUUAGCCGCGGCUUGGAAUAUGGAAGAGGAGAUGCACAACAUGAAUACCCGCAAGCGCGGACGUGAUGACGAGAAUGACGAUGAGAAUAAAAGUGGUAGUGGCGGUCUCUCGAUGAUUGCAAUGGCGACAUUGAGGCGCAUUCGUGAUGAGAUUGAAAUGCCGGCAAAACAACAACAAAAGCAGUCGAAGAAGUCACGGAAGGAGGUGGCCACUCGUGAAUACUGUUUCUUGCAUGACGUUUGUCGUGGCAUGCGUCGUCGUGAGGCGGCCCGCACGUUUGUCAGUGUUCUGGCACUUGCCUCCAAACAACUUGUUUCAGUAGGCCAACCGUCACGUAUGGGGGACAUCGAAUUGGGUCUCCUGCCUGGUGCAGAAGGUCUCAUGCUCACAUCUUGA